ACGUCACGUCCGCCUGCACAGUGUAGCUAGCGCAGUGAUCAGGGCUGCAGUGGAGGUCUGAGAGCCAGCCUGGGAACCAUGGCAGCCAAGGAGAAUGUCAGCUUGCUGUUCAAGCUUUACUGCUUGCUGGUGAUGACCCUUGUGGCUGCAACGUACACGGUGGUUUUACGGUACACAAGGACCGUAACCACAGAAAUGUAUUUCUCUACCACUGCAGUCUGUCUCACGGAGAUAAUAAAGUUAAUACUCAGUGUGGGUAUUUUGGCAAAAGAAACUGGCAGUCUUAGUAGGUUGAUCAUUUCUCUAAAGGAGAAUGUAUUGGGAAGUCCAGUAGAGAUGCUUAAACUAUCAGUGCCAUCACUGGUUUACGCUUUGCAGAAUAACAUGGCAUUUGUGGCACUGAGCAACCUGGAUGCAGCAGUUUAUCAGGUGACAUAUCAGCUGAAAAUUCCCUGCACUGCAUUAUGUACAGUGCUGAUGCUGCGACGCUCACUGAGCAAUCUUCAGUGGUUCUCUGUUUUCAUGCUGUGUGGAGGGGUCAUCCUUGUGCAGUAUAGCCCAAGCGAGGCCACUAAAGUACAGAUUGAACAGAAUCAUUUGUUGGGAUUUGGUGCUGUAGCAAUUGCAGUCUUAUGCUCUGGAUUUGCUGGAGUAUAUUUUGAGAAGGUUUUGAAAAGCUCCGAUACAUCCCUGUGGGUGAGGAAUAUCCAAAUGUACAUAUCUGGUAUUGCGGUUACAUUAGCGGGUGUCUACCUUUCAGAUGGAUCACAGGUCAUUGAAAAAGGAUUUUUCUAUGGAUACAAUUACCUUGUCUGGAUUGUAAUUUUGCUGGCUAGUGUUGGUGGUCUCUACACAUCAGUGGUUGUGAAAUACACUGACAACAUCAUGAAGGGCUUUUCUGCUGCAGCAGCAAUUGUCUUGUCAACCAUUGCAUCAGUUAUACUGUUUGGCCUUCAGAUAACCCUCAUAUUCUCUGCUGGUGCCCUCCUUGUGUGUGUCUCAAUAUACAUCUAUGGACUACCAAGAAAAGAUACAACCAAGAUAGACACUAAGGAAAGCGGCAAGAAUGAAAGAUUGAUCAGCGUGUGAGGUUAAUCAACAAGAUACCACUUAGACAAUUCUAAGGAUUAUCACGGGAAGAAAAUGUAAAGUGUACAUUACUUUCCUCUGUUACUUCAUUUCAAAGGAUAGUCCUUUACAUUAAUGGACUAUGUCUGAGCAGGACAGUGCACAUAUCUAAAUGAAUGUUUUGCAGUACUAUUUUUACUUGGACAAUCAAACCAUCACAGUCUGGUUAUGUUUAUAACAAUAUUACAGUGGUCACCACAAACUAUCCAAUAAACUAAAUGGCAGCAGCCAUGUCAGAGGCACAUGGAAGGAGUUCAGCAAGACAUGCUAGAGAACUGGAAGAGUGAUACAUGCAGCAAUCCCCCGUGAUAAAGUUCUCAGCACACACUGGUACUUGAGACUCUGAGGUGGAAGUAUCCAGUAAUGAACAAUGCAAAAUGGAACCUUAAACUCAGAUAUUGCUCACAGCCAAGUUCCAGUUAUCAGUUGCUGCCAGAUCAUAUAUAUACACUGAGCAGACAUUGUUUCCCUGUGAUUUUUUUUUUAAACAUCUGCAUUUUCUGUGUGGAGAAUGCAGAAGUAUUAAGAAACCUGGAAAGCACCUGUGAAUAAUUCUUGCACUUUUAUUGAUUUUUUUUUUUUU